AUGGAACCUCUUACCCUCAGUAGCCCUGACGCUCCCAUUGUGACUCCUGUCCCUGCCCCUUUCUGCCCCCCUUUCUUCAGCAAUCUGGCGCUCAACCCGAAUCUGACGGGCAGCUUUCCAGAUGCUCUCAGAAACCUCCUGCAGCUCACCACGCUGGACAUGCACGGGUGUGGCCUAUCGGGCUCCAUCCCAGCCACCAUCGGCCGACUCACCAGCCUGAGCUACUUCCUGGUCAACCAGAACCGCCUCUCGGGCUCCCUGCCAACACAGAUCGGCACCCUCCCCCGCCUCUACAUGCUUGAUGUAAUGGAGAAUCAGCUGGAAGGGCCCCUUCCGAAGUUCCAGGGGGCAAACGAGCUCAGCCACCUCCACAUGAGCAACAACCUCUUCACGUCUGUUCCAGCAGAGAUCAGCAGACUGCCCAAACUGCUGCACCUGCUGAUGGACAGCAACCGUCUCACCCAUGACUUUCCACUCGCUUUCAACAACACCAACCUCACUGUCAUCUACUGGAGCAACAACAUAAUACCCGGCCCCUUCCCCUCCACCUGGUUCUUCCCCCGACUCAAGGACUUGGACCUGAGCAGCAACAGUUUCACAGGCUCCAUCCCAGGCUCUCUGUUUUGGCAGCACCCUAACCUCGUCAACCUCAAUUUGGCUAACAACGAUCUUAGUUCGAGCUUCCCUCCAGCGAUCGCCGAUGCUGCCAGUCUGCAAUCCGUCUUCCUAUCCGGCAGUCAGCUCAGCGGUCCCCUGCCAGACCUCUCAUCGCUGCCCAGCAUCGUGUCGCUCUCCCUCUUUGACAACUCCCUCUCCUCCCUGCCGCCCGCCCUGCUCGCCAAGACCAACAACAUCACGCUGCAGCUUUUCAACAACGAUCUCUGCAAGCCAUUCAAGCCAGACUACACGCAAGUCUGCUCCCCCCCGACCCCCCUCACCCAAUACACCUCCCCUGCCUUCUGCGACGGCCUCGCCUGCGAGAACGACCUCUACAGCCCUAGCGCACCGCUCUAUAACGAGUCACACUCUUGCGUGUGCGUGUCCCCGUUAAGAGUCGACCUGGAGCUGUUUAUAUCGGAUUUCGUGGUGUACCAUGAGGCGCUGGUGCAGCAGCUGGAGCAGCGGAUCUUCUCUGAGCUCACCAGCAAGUCGCAGAUCAACAUCAGCAGGCCACAGGUCCUCGUCUCUGCCAUAAGAAGUCCCGCUUCGCUCGACUCGCUUGCCUCCACCUUCGCCUCGGAGCACAUCAACCACGAGUCAACGCUCAUCAUCACCGUCCUCUUCUUCCCGCCGGGCGGCGAUGGCAGCUGGCACCCGCGAGACACACCGCAGGCCAUCCGCAACGCCCUCACCACCCGGGACCUUGCCAUGCGUGUUGCUCUCGGCAACUUCGGGCUCUUUCGAGUGGUUGGAUUCUACGGCCCCGCACCCUACACCCCCCCAGCGCAGCAGCAGACUGCUUCCUCUGGGCUGAGCACGGGUGCCAUCGUGGCCAUCUCAGUGUCCUCCGCUGCUGUUGCCAUCGCCCUCAUUGUGCUUCUUCUCAUGCGCCCCUGGGAGAGGCGAGGAGACCUGUGGAGCUCGGAGGACUACAAGGCAAUAGAGGGGUUGCAGAUGCUGGGGGUGCACCGGUGCAAGCUCAAGGACAUAGCGGAUGCGACCCAGGGGUUCAAGAUGCUGCUGGGGGAGGGCGGAUACGGACAGGUGUACCGAGGAGUAAUGGAAUGGGGGGAAGUGGUGGCAGUGAAGCGAGCCAAGGGGCACGUGAAGCUGUGUGGCACUGAGUUUCGCAACGAGAUCCAGCUGCUGUCAGCCGUGCGCCAUCGCAACCUGGUGGCACUCAAGGGCUUCUGUGUGGAGGCGGGCGAGCAGCUGCUGGUGUAUGAGUUCAUUGAAAGGGGGACGCUGGAGGAUAUGUUGAGAGCGGACUCAAAACACCCGCUGACGUGGCGGCAGCGGGUUGACAUCGCGUGUGGCGCAGCCAGUGGGUUCGCGUACCUGCACCAUCAGAUCAAACCGCCCAUCAUCCACCGCGAUGUGAAGACGGCCAACAUCCUUAUCGCAGCAGGCCUCGAGGCGAAGGUGGCUGAGUUUGGUAUCUCCAAGGCUGACAGCAUGUGCCUCGAGGCGAAGGUGGCCGACUUUGGCAUUUCCAAGGCGGUCCCUGAGGAGGUGGAGAAGGGGGGGAGGCUGGACACGCAAGUGAAGGGGACUGUGGUGAGUGCAGAGAUGAGGAAGGCGAUUUCAGGGGGUGGGAGUGGUGUGGGCGCAGGACGAAACCGUGAGUGGAAUGUUUAG